CAGCUGCAGACUAUAUUUCGCAAAUGGAGAGCUCGAAUCCCCAAUCCUUCUUCCACAACAUCAGAUCCAGAGAGCUCAAUGGAUUCAGAGUUCGAAAACGGCCCUACAUUAGCGACGCGGCGUCGGAUAUCACCGAAAUCGGGGCUGUGGCUGUAGAGCACUGCGGCGACGAAACGCCGCCGCUGGCCAUCUCAUUCUGCAAGGCUAGCAAGAACUCGCACAUUCUUGCCGUGUCAGAUGAGGACGGGUACGUGAGCUUGUUUGAUACUCGUCGCAAGUUCCAGUCUUCUGCAUCUCAACGGGAGAACGCAGAAAAAGCCAGGGUUUGCGACUGGGUUGCACAUCAUAAUGCCGUGUUUGAUGUAUGUUGGAUUAAGGACGACACUCAAAUUCUGACGGCGUCUGGUGAUCAAACUAUGAAGUUGUGGGAUGUCCAGGAAAUGAAAUGUAUUGGAUUGUUGACAGGGCAUACAGGAAGUGUGAAGUCUAUGUAUUCUCAUCCAACUAAUCCUGAUAUUAUUGUCUCCGGUUCAAGAGAUGGGUCGUUUGCUCUUUGGGACUUGAGAUGCAAUUCAAGUUCCAAAAGUGGGCAUGGGGAGCUUUGCUUAGGUUCAACUGCUGUGGUCAAAGGAGCGCAUCUUUCCCCUCAAGCAAAACGCACUAGGCGGGGCAAGGCAGCUUCGAUGAGCAUUACCUCGGUUCUCUAUCUCAAAGAUGAGGUUUCCAUUGCAACCGCUGGAGCGGUGGACAGCAUUUUAAAGUUCUGGGAUACCAGAAAUCUGAAAAGUGUGGUAACACAGACAUGCCCUCAUCCACAGUCAACUGAAAAGGAAAGAAGAUUACAUGGUAUAUCUAGCUUGUCCCAAGAUUUGACUGGAGUGUUUCUUUCAGCCUCAUGCAUGGACAAUAGAAUUUACUUGUACAAUUUACUUCAGCUUGAAAAGGGACCUUUGAGAUCUUUCUCUGGAUGCCGGAUAGAAUCAUUUUAUGUAAAGUCAGCAAUCAGCCCUGAUGCAGCUCAGAUAAUCAGUGGUUCUAGUGAUGGAAAUGCCUAUAUUUGGCAGGUGAACAAGCCGCAGGGCGAUCCCAUUGCAUUGAAAAGCCAUGAUGGAGAAGUUACAGCAGUAGAUUGGUGUUCGUUUGAGGCCGGGAAGAUAGCAACUUCUUCAGAUGAUUUCACAGUUCGUAUUUGGAACACUCAAAGCAGUUGUUGCGCCAGCACAAGAUCCCCAUCUUCCGUUCGAAGGAGAGUAAUGGCAAUCCCGAGUGCGGAACGUCACAAGCUUAUGUCAAAUGAACCAAGUUGUCUUACAAAGGACCCUGACAAUUUGUUUCCUUCCAAUGAAGUAUUACACCAAACUAACUCAUCUGACACAAUCACCAUGCCCAAAAUCAGUACUCCUGAGAGCCAGAAGAAAAGGUUCUUCUCAGGUUCUGAUUUAAAUGAUGAAGCCUUAGAGAAAACCCCUAAAGCUACAUUGAAGAGCCCGUCUUCUGUUUUGAACCCUCCGUCCUCUAUAAAAAGAACAAUACGAGAUUACUUUCUACUGCCUUCAUAAUUUGAUGGUUAAUAUCUGUGGGAUAUUUUUUUUAUAGAUACGGUAUGAAGGUCAAUAUAGUGAAUUCUAUUUCCUUGCUGCAUGGGUCAAUGGCUUGAGAACUGAGUUGUAGAUCCAUCACUCUUCUCAGAUUAUAGAGGUUGUAUCGGAAAUGUAAAGCAGGAUACAGGAGGAUUGUUUAUAACUAUAUUACACCUCAUCAAUUUUCCCCUCAUGAUUGAGGUCAAUUUGGAAUUGAAAAAAAAUAUGUACCAAACUGGAAAG